AUGGCACAAGCAGAAAAAGAAUCUGUUUCUGAUCCAACAUUCGAAAAACCUAUUGAUGGUAUUUUUAACUAUGACACUGAAACUGUUGAAGAGCACGAUACAGUUGGCGAACUUCCUACAGAAUUCAGCCCAAUGACUGCUGAUAUUUCUUCACCAAUGACUCGUUCUCCAUUUCAUAAAUUUCGUGGUUCCAUUGCUUGGACUGAGGGUUUUGAAAAAAAUCUUCAUGUUCUUGUAAAAGAUCAAUAUCCAGAUCGAGCUAUGGGUGUAUUUACAAGUGGUGGUGAUGCUCAAGGAAUGAACCCGGCUGUUCGUGCAAUAGUUCGUAUGGGUAUCUAUCUUGGCUGCAAAGUUUAUUUUAUACAUGAGGGUUAUCAAGGUUUAGUUGAUGGUGGUAAUAGUAUUCGUCAAGCAACAUGGACAACUGUCUCAGGAAUUAGCGACGAUGGUGGUACUAUAAUUGGUAGUGCACGUUGUAAAGAAUUUCGUGAAAGACCCGGUCGAUUACGUGCUGCAAAAAAUCUUAUUGAUCAUGGUAUUAACAAUAUUGUAUGUAUUGGUGGUGAUGGAUCAUUAACUGGAGCAAAUCAAUUUCGUAAAGAAUGGGAUAGUCUUUUAAAAGACCUUGUUGAGACAAAACAAAUAACAACAGAAAAUGCUGAAAAAUAUAAACAUUUAAAUAUUGUUGGUCUUGUCGGAUCAAUUGAUAAUGAUUUUUGUGGUACUGAUAUGACAAUUGGAGCUGAUUCAGCUUUACAUCGUGUUAUGGAAGCAAUUGAUUGUAUAACAACAACAGCAACUAGUCAUCAACGUUGUUUCGUUCUUGAAGUAAUGGGUCGUCAUUGUGGUUAUUUAGCAUUAGUAACUGCUCUUGGAUCUGAUGCUGAUUGGGUAUUUAUUCCUGAAUCACCUCCUGAACCAGGAUGGGAAGAUCAAUUAUGUAAUAAACUCAAAAAUACACGAGAAAUGGGUCAACGUUUAAAUAUAAUUGUUAUGGCUGAAGGUGCCAUUGAUUCUGAAGGUCGACCAAUAAAAAGUGAUGAAGUUCGAGAGCUUAUUUCGACACGACUUAAAUAUGAUACACGCGUAACUAUUCUUGGUCAUGUUCAACGUGGUGGUUGCCCAUCAGCUUUUGAUCGACUUCUUGCUACUCGAAUGGGUGCAGAAGCUGUUCUUGCAUUAAUGGAAGCAACACCAACAUCACAACCUGUUGUUAUCGCUCUUAGUGGUAAUCAAACAGUUCGUGUACCAUUAAUGCAUUGUGUAGAAAAAACUUUGGCCGUUGCACAAGCAAUGGAAUCGAAAAGAUUUAAAGAAGCUCAAGAUUUACGUGGAAGAAGUUUUAAAGGCAAUCUUGAAACAUAUAUUCGUUUAAGUAAAUUAAGACCAAAAUUAUUUUCAAAUAAACAACAUGUAUUUAAUGUGGCUAUCAUCAAUGUCGGUUCACCAGCUGGUGGUGUAAAUGCUGCUGUUCGUUCACUUGUUCGUUAUGGUUUAUGUGAAGGAUUUAAUAUGUAUGCUAUAUUUGAUGGGUUUGAAGGUUUAGUCAAUAAUCAAGUUAAAAGUUUACAUUGGAUGUCAGUUAAUGGUUGGAGUAGUGUUGGUGGUUCAUUACUUGGUUCUCAAAAAACGACAGCAAAUAAAGUUGGUUUAACAAAAAUAGCUGAAAAAUUUCGUGAAUAUAACUUUCAUGCUAUAAUAGUCAUUGGUGGAUAUGAAUCCUAUUUGUCUGUUGUCCAAUUAUAUGAAGCACGAAAUAAAAAUAUUGAAUUUCAAAUUCCAUUGAUUUGCAUCCCAGCUACUAUAUCAAAUAAUGUACCGGGUACUGAAUUUAGUAUUGGUGCUGAUACAGCACUGAAUGAAAUAGUCAAAAUUUGUGACAAAAUCACACAAUCUGCACAAGGUUCCAAACGACGUAUAUUUGUUAUUGAAACUAUGGGUGGUUAUUGUGGUUAUUUAGCUACAAUGGCUGCACUUGCUAGUGGAGCUGAUCAAGCAUAUAUAUAUGAAGAACCCUUUACAAUAAAAGAUUUAAUUGAUGAUGUUGAUCAUUUACGUAAAAAAAUGGAAGGACAUUUAAAACGUGGUCUUUUACUUCGCAAUGAAAUGGCUAAUGAACAUUAUUCAACAGAAUUCAUUACAAAAUUACUCCAAGAAGAAGGCAAAGGAGUGUUUAGUGCACGAUCUAAUGUUCUUGGUCAUAUGCAACAAGGUGGUUUACCAUCACCAUUUGAUCGUGCAUUUGCAACAAAAUUGGGGUGUAAAGCAAUAUCAUAUGUUGUAUCACUUUUUGAAAAAUCAUCAACAGGAGAUGGAAAAGUCGUAUCUAACACAGCAGAAAGUGCUGUUGUAUUAGGUUUAAUUAAACGACAAAAUGAAUUUACAUCGAUAGAAAUACUAAAGACAAAAACUGAUACCGAACAUCGUAUGCCUCUUGAACAGUGGUGGCUGAAACUUCGACCAUUACUUCGAAUUUUAGCUAAACAUGAAAGUGUUUAUAUUAGUGAUUUGGUCGAAUCAGGUGUCGACGACAUUGAUCAAUCACAAUAG